AUGGCUUUUGUGCGAGCAGCCUACACGAUCAGUGAGUUUGAAGAGUUGUACAAUGAUCUAAAGAGCAGGUAUCCCAAAGUAGCCGAGUACAUGCAGAAAGAAGAACUUGCACCCGAGAAAUGGGCAAGGUGUAAAUUUAGGAGUGAAAGGUACAACUUGUUAACAACCAAUGGGGCCGAAUCGAUCAACUCCGUAUUGAAGAAGGCAAAAAAGUACCCAAUCCUUAGUCUACUUGAUAUUUGUCUCGGAAAGACGGUGGAAUGGUUUAACAGGCACAGGUUGGAAGCAGGUAGUGCUGAUGAAUCUCAAAAGUUAACACCAAUUGUUUACAAAGAGUUGCAUGAACGUUAUGAGAGGGCAUGUACGUUUGACGUUCAAGAACUGAAUCGUGUUACUGGCGAGUUUGAGGUGAGGGAUGACAAAGGUAGAAGACACUUGGUUAAUCUUGGAGAAAGAACAUGCGGUUGCAGAAUGUUUGAUGUGGAUAGGUACCCUUGCAGUCAUGCAAUUGCAGCAACACAUAUGAUCGGAAAAGGCGAUAUGAUAUACGAUCUAUGUUCUGAAUACUAUAGGCGGGAUACAUGGCGUAUGGCUUACCAAGAGACUGUGUAUCCGGUUCCCGAUUAUUGUGAUUGGAAUCUGCCAUCGUUCGUUGCAGAAAUGACGGUUUUACCGCCUAUAGUGGAAGAAAAACGGGUGAGUGGAAGACCUAAACAAAACCGAUUUCUUGGACCUGGUGAGACUCGAAAAAGAAAAUCAUAUUCGGUAGGUUCGGUUAGUACGUCAAUCGAUGUCACAGACGUAUAUGAGCAAUGA